GUAUUGGCCUGAUACUAUCUUAUCUCAAACUUCUUCUAACAUUUCUGGCGUUGUUGAUGGAUUUUUAAGUGGUUGUACUCCAUUUGAUGGUUUCCUUACUAGUACACUCGAUUGUUUAUAUAGUAACAAAUGUCUUGAACAACUCACAGAUUAUUUUCCAAAUCUAAACCAAACAAAUUUUAAUUUCACCGAUUCUUACCUAUUAUCAAAUCGUCAAAAUAAUUCUUUAUACGAACGUUUAACUAAUCUCUUUAUUGACGAUUGGACACCAACAAUUAAUUAUUCAAAGUAUUUUACUAAUUGUGCACCUCUUCUCUGCACAUAUAGCACAACUGAUCAAAAUAGUUUAUCCUAUACUAUUAUUUUCUUACUUAGUCUUUAUGGUGGUUUAACUAUCAUGUUUCGUUUAAUUGCACCUGCUGUAAUUCAUAGUUUAUUGAUAUUUGAAAUUAAGUCAGCAUCAAUUCGAGAAAUGUUUCAAUGGAUUAAACAAAUUAACCUAUUCAAGUCAUCUGUCAAUCAAAAUAUCGAUGCAGCCAAAAACAAACAAUAUCUGAUUACUCGUGUCUAUUUGGUUUUACUUGCAGGUUCUAUUUUAACUCUUCUUCUAUUCACUUCAUUGAGUACACAUAUCACUACAAUGACUAUAUCAAAUCCAUCAAUAGAUGUCUAUAGAAAUUUACAAGAUAUACAUCAGGAUACAUUAAAAUGUCCUUGUUCGACUACAACAAUACCAUAUGAAACAUUUAUUUCAUUAUCUCCAAAUUUUCAUCAAGUAUGUUCAAGUGGUUUUGUCAAUGAUGCAUGGAUAACACUUCUCAGUCUUAUUCGUAAUGGAUUAUAUAAUAAUUGGCCUACUCGAGCUGUUCAUCAGUUUCGGUUAUUGUCAACUAUGUGCGAACUAGUUAAUGAAACAGUUAUUGAUGCAGUUGAACGUUUUAUUAUUCGUUCAUUAGUUACAUUCAAUGUUCUUACUGAAACUGAUUUUAUCAUUCAAUCAAAUACAACUGUCAAUCAAUUUAUUCAAUCGACAAUUAUCAAUUUUGCUCUUCUUUUAGAUACAGUACAUCUUUUUCUACAAGUUGAUCAACCUUUUAAAGUACCAGAUUACUUACCGCCAUCAUUAUUAUAUGAAAAAGCAGCUGAUCUCUAUAAUCCAGAUUCAUGGAAGCUCAUUUUUUCUUUAACUGGUAUGUUCAAUACAAGUGGAGUAUUUAAUAAUUGUAUGUGUGCUAUCAAUCCAUAUUGUCAAAGACAAAGUGGUUUAUACAACUGGGUAACUACAUCAAAUAAUACCGAUGUUUUUAUUAUGACUUAUGCAAUACCGAGUUCAAUUGAUGGUUGUUAUGCUCUUGAUUCAUUUCUUUUAUCAACUCUGGAAUGUUUCUAUUCAAAUUCAGAUUGU